AUAGCAGUAGAAUGACGAUACACAAUAGAAGUGUUUCAGAGCCUGACAUUGGGAGAACUCCAAGACAGGUUGACUCAUCAAAGGACGCAUGCUCAAGUAACACAGGAAGCAAUGCAUCAGGAGCUGGAGGGAUAUCACGCUUUCGUUGCUUUGGCUUUGGCUCCCAGCUUCUCCAAAAAACUGUUGGAUUAGUACUCAAACCACGUCAAGGCCGUCAGGCAAAAUUGGGUGAUUCAAAUAAAUUUUAUUAUGAUGAAUAACUUAAAAGAUGGGUAGAGGAAGGCGCUGAACUUCCUGCUGCAGAACCACCCCUUGCACCUCCACCAACCGCUCCUGUUUUCCAGAAUGGAGCGCCCGAUUAUAAUGUGGAAAGUGUAUUGAAAAGUGAAAGUCCUAUAUGCAACAAUGGAUUUCCGGAAAUGAAGAGUCCAACUUCUUCUGAUAAUGGUGCUGGAAUUCCACCUCUUCCACCUACCUCCAACCAAUUCUCUGCUCGUGGUCGUAUGGGUGUUCGUUCAAGGUAUGUUGACACAUUCAAUAAAGGUGGUGGUAACCCAACUAAUCUAUUCCAGUCACCUUCUGUUCCUUCCAUAAAGCCUGCUACUGCUUGCAAUGCCAAGUUUUUUGUUCACGCCCCGAUGUCCCCUGUUGAAGAGACAGGGAACAGUACUUCCAAUGAGCAAGAAACUUCAAGUAAUAGCAAGAGUGAUUCAGUUUCUGCUGUUAAUGGAUCGACCCAUUUUCCUGCACCAACAUCAAGCGCUGCGCCUAUCCAAAGAUUUGCAAGCAUGGACAACCUCUCCAAUAAAGGAGCUGUUGCUAGCUCUCUAUCAGCUAACUCCCGGCGAACUGCAUCAUGGAGUGGCAGCUUUCCUGAUGCUUUUUCCCCAAAUAAAUCUGAAAUAAAACCACUGGGCUCUAGAUUGAGUAUGCCUCCGUCGUCAUUCAUGCCUAGUGAUGUUAAUUCGAUGCAUUCCUCAACUUAUGGCGGCAGUCUCGGUGAUGACCUUCAUGAAGUAGACCUGUGACGCAACAAGAUGUAUAUACCAAGUUUUGCUCGUCGUCAUGGUAUCCUGCUCGGAAUCUCUUCUCUUUGGUGGUAAACAGUGAAGUAUGUGGUCAAUGAAGAUGGAAAAUCCUUUCCUGUCUUCUCACACCACAAAUAUACCUCCCCCCCCUUUUCUCUUUUUUUGUUUAGCUACUUUUUGUAAGAUCAGUUGUAUGUUGAAAGCAAAUGCUUAUUUAGAUGUAGGGAUAUAGGUUUUUAUUCAGAAACUUGUUAUUAUAAACACAAGCAAAGUCGUCUAGAGAUACAUUGUACAGUUGAAAUAUUCAUUCAUUGAGGAAAGGAACUCUCAUUUGAUAAAAA